CCAAGGGCUGCUUUGCCUGUGUGUCCAAGCCCCCUGCCUUGCAGGCUCCAGCGGCCCCUGCCACUGAGCCCUCAGCCUCACCCCCCAUGGCACCCACUCUGUUCCCCAUGGAGUCCAAGAGCAGCAAGACAGACAGUGUGCGGGUGGCUGGGGGCCCCCAGGCCUGCAAGCACCUGGCCGAGAAGAAGACCAUGACGAACCCCACGACCGUCAUCGAGGUCUACCCAGACACCACCGAGGUGAACGACUACUACCUGUGGUCCAUCUUCAACUUCGUCUACCUCAACUUCUGCUGCCUGGGCUUCAUCGCCUUGGCCUACUCCCUCAAACCAAGAGCCCCACCCUGUGCGUACCACACGCCUGGCCGCCUCCUCCUGACUCAUCCACAGCACCACCAUCUCCCGUCAUGUGCACUCCAUCGUCAUGCCUGUGGACCUAGCCCCGGGCACCACCACGUGGGACCCGUGCACGGCCUCAUUAAAUUGCCCAGGCUGGCCUUGAACUUGCAGUCCUCCUGCCUCAGCCUCCCGAGUCACUGGGAUGAUAGGAGUGCACCACCAGGCCAGCACGAGUGAGUUUAUAUGAGUGUGAGUGUGGACAUGUGCGUGGGGGUGGGUGGGUGAGUGUAACUGCAUGUAUGUAAGUAGGCACAUGCAUAUAUUGUAUGCCUGUGUAUGCAUGCAUAUGUGCAUGGGUAGAUGUGCAAAUGUGUAUGUGCCUGUGAGUUUGGGGUGUUAACUGCCUGUGAGUAUGUAGAUGUAUGUGCAUAUGUGCGAGUGAAUGCAUGUAUUUGUGCAAGCGAGUGUUAGUAUUUGUUUGUAUAAGAGUGUGUGUGCACAUGUGCUGAGGAGGCAGCAAGGUCAGGGCCCUUGGGGGCUGGAGUGGCUGUCAGACCAGCCCAGCUCAGCUGCAGGCCAGUGCCUGGCAGAGGACAGGCGUGCUGGGGCAGCCGAGGCUGCAGCUGGUGAGGCUGGCCUCCCCCGUCCCUCUGGCUGUGCACUGCCGACAGGCUGGCGAUACAGGCCUGGCUACUUGGGCUCCUGUCCGGAAGCUGUCCCCUCCUCCCCUUGGGCUCAGGCUGUGGCCGGCUGGCUGGCCUGGGGCAGGUCCAUCUGGUGCAGGUUGUAGGUAGGUCAGGCCUGUCUGUGCUGGGUCUGUGCUGCGGGGGGAUGACAUGAGCUCACUAGUUUGAAGAGGCAGAAAGGACUCCCCAUUCUCUGGGGCUGCCCCCCAGGUGUACCCUGUGAAGGUGGAACAGUUCUGGGGCUCCCUGGGGGUGCACAGCACAAGCUGCCUCCUAGGGUGGGGCGGGACAGAGCUGUCCUGUCUGGCUCUGUGCCCAAGGGCUGGGGAUGGUCCACCUGUCCUUCCAGUGGCAGGUCUCCUGAGCAGCUGCUGCUGCACAUCAGGCUGACCAUCGUGGGCAUUUUCAAGGGCAGGGAAUGGCCGUGGGGUCAGGAGGCCUUGGCUAAGACCCAGCUUGGGGGAUCGGCGAGCUGUCUCUYUCCACUGAGCUUCUGUUCCCUCACCUGCUCACAGAACAGACGGAAAGAACCCUGUCUAGGCCAGCGCACUGGAGCAGGGGUGGGGGCUGGCAGGCAGCGGGUGUGGCAGGAGCUGUGUCCUGGCCUGCCUGUCUGUCCACCCAGCCCUCCAGCCACCACCGCCCUCCCACAGCGUCGGCAGCUCGGCCCCCUGCAGGCUGGGAUGCAGCACAGAGAAUGGGGCCUUAUUUUGCUCAGCCUGGUGUCUGGGGAGGGACGAGAUAGAAAAGAUCAAUUCUCCAUUCAUGCAGCCUCCAUGUGCAGCCUCAUAAAGACAUGGCCACCCCCUGUUAGCUGGAGAGUGUCCAAACUUCUCUCAGUAUUCAGCACCAUGGUGACCCCCUUCCUGGCCUGCCCGACACUCCCUGCCCCCCUCAUUCCCCGAGGGCAGUGACGUGCACACCUCGGCCUGGGAGCUUGGGUCUGUGUCUCCGGCAGAGCCUCCAGGACCCUGCUGUAUCAUACCCUCUACCAAGAUGAGUCCCUUCGUCUUCAUCCGGGUCCCAGGCAGGGCUGGCCAACACAGGGCCAGAGAAUGUUGGUCGGAUGGGUGGAUGGACACGUGAGAUGGAACUGKUGUCCCGACUCCUCAGACAGAAGAGGGUGACUUUGCUCUCUGCGGCCAGGUGGGGCCCGGGGCAGCAGACCUCUGGGAGGAGGCAGCACUUUCGCUGGCCUUGAAGGAUGGACGGGUGGGGCAUGGCACGUGGAGAGCCGAGUAUGGACUAAGGCUGCAUGGUGGAGCACUCAGUCAGCCAGGCCCCGCGCUCCGUGGGCUGCAGAAGACAAUCCUGAGAGGCACCUGGAGCCACGUGGGGAAGGGGUUGGGGUCCGUCGUGGGGAAGACCGAAGACGAGGUGGCCAGUGCUGUGGCAUCCCCAGCCACUGCCAAGACAGGGGAAAGGAAAGGCCCAGA